AUGUCUACUCACGACGACGCGCCCCGCAGUGAGUCGCCGACAGGCUCGCCCCGGUCGGCAUCAAUGUCUAUGCAGGCUGCAGCGUCCAUGAUGGCCGGGCUUCAACGAGAAUCAUCUAGAGGCAGUCAACCCCGCUCUUCACCGCAGUCUGGUCGCCGUCGUUCCAUCCUCUUGAACCUCCAGAUGAAUGACCCCUCUAUCCCUAGUCCCGGCGAGAUGGUUGCCAGCGAGCACUCCGCCCAGCCCUCGGUCUCUCCCAGUCCUCGGUUUCUGUCGGGAUCACCUCCCAUGACGGCUGAUCCUCACCAUCACCGCGCCCCUAGUCUGGGUGAGCUUCAUCAGGAGCUCGAAGCAGAGCAGGAAGCUCACGUUAAUCGUCUCCUCCAAAUGAUUCGCCAGCAACAGCUUGACCUGCAGAGACUUCAGGCCAGCAACCCCCAGAACCAGAACCAGGGCCAGCCAGCAGAUGGUGGUGCUGCCGUCACAGGCAGCAGCAGUGCCAUCUCCAUCCCUCAUGGGUCCCGCACUCCUUCCGUCACCGGUGCCACCCCCGUGGGCUCUUACUCUCGCUCUCCGAGCUUCCCCCGUCACAACCGGCGCUCGACUGAUCUGUCGCGUACCAACCUGUCUGGCUCCGCGGCCUCAGCAGCAGCAGCCGCAGCAGCAGCAGCAGCAGCCCGAUCUAGGACCCCGAGCCGUGGCCCUUCGCCCAGGGUGCGGUCCACAUCGGUCAGCGCUGAGAGUGGUGACUGGAUUAUCGGUAACGCUGCUAGCGGUGGUGGUGGUGGUGGCCGCGACGAGAGCGCUCUCUACCAAGCUGAGACGCAGAUGCUUACCAGGGAGAAUCAGAUGCUCCGGCAUCGCAUUCGCGAGCUAGAGAAGCAACUGUCCGACAUGUCGGCUAGCCCGUCGUCUACGUCGACACCCCAGGUCCAUUCACAUCUCACCCAGUCAUCCAGCAUUGGCGAGGAAGGCGACAAAGGCACGCGGUAG